GGGUGCCCCGUGACCAGACUGAAGCUGGGGAAGCUAAAGGUGGUGCGGCGGCAGCUGCUGCAAAGAUAUGAGCACCAGCCAUUCGUUUCCUGCCUGGCAGGUCUCUACGGUUGCCAAUGGAGACGCUACCAACGAGCGAAAGCGCAGCCUGGGGAGUGCUGCUGCAGCAAGCUGGAGUGUGGCAGUUUUGGCCUCCUGAUCCUGACUUUCUUCUUGAGUUUCAUGUUUCUCUACUUCUGGACCAAAGCUCAGAACGACUACAAUCACUUUGACUGGUUUAACUUUGGUGCUCUGGGCUUCUGGUUCCCCUGGUCUCUGGUGUUGCUGGUCUUGGCUGCAGCCCUGUUCACCUACAUCACUCUGCUCCUGGUUCUGGCAGUGUGUUUACUGUCUGAGGGACAGAGGCUGUACCUUCACUGGAGUCACAAGAUCGGCAUUGUGGUGACGUUGGUGUUCUCCGUCACUGCUACGGCCAUCCUCUCUGACAUCUGGAACAAAGAAUGGAAGACCCUCCUCCUCUCGCUGCAGGUCACGGCUCCAUUCCUCCAUUUGGCUGCGGUCUUGAUAAUGACUCUUCUGUCCUGGCCAAUAGCGUUGCACUUCUUCCGCAUGAACAAGAGAGUGAGACAGGUAGCUAUCCUGGGCCUGUAUCUGUCUGUGCUGUUUGCCCUCUACCUGGUGCCCCUGGGCAUGUACUCCCCCUGCAUCCAGGAGGCAGGCAGCCUGGGGCCCCCUCCCAGGCUCAUCGGUCAUCGAGGAGCCCCCAUGCUUGCUCCAGAGAACACUCAGAUGUCCUUUGAGAGGGCUGUCGAGACGGGAGCAGAAGGACUGGAGACUGACGUCACCAUCAGCUAUGACGGAGUCCCCUUCCUGAUGCACGACGACACCCUGAGAAGGACCACCAACGUGGAGGAGGUGUUUCCUAACCGCACACACCUCCCUGCUGCCAUGUUCACCUGGGGAGAGAUCCAGCAGCUCAACGCUGGGGCCUGGUUCCUCUCGAGGGAUCCCUUCAGGACGGCGGCGUCUCUCUCCGAGGUGGAGCGCGAGCGGGUGGAGAACCAGACGGUGCCGUCUCUGAGUGACUUCCUGGAUGUGGCGUCUAGGAGCGGCAAGCUGGUGCUCUUUGACCUCCACAGACCCCCCAGUGGUCACCCCUACCGACAGUCCUACAUCAACACCACACUGGAGGUCAUACAGGCACACAUCAACUCCAGCCAGGUACUGUGGCUCCCAGCGGAGCAGAGAGACCUGGUCCAGGAGUGGGACCCAGAGCUCCAGCAGACCUCAGGACAGACAGCCUCCAUCCAGGAGCUACAGGACGACCACAUCACCACUCUCACCCUGCAUUACAGCACCAUGACGCAGCCUCAGAUCAGAGACGAGGGGGCUGACCUUGACAAACUUCUCGGAGGGGCGAAGCAGCCGACGCACAGCGACAUGAGGAUCCAGCCCCGAGCGUGGGAGCUCUUGGACGGGUUCUGA